UAGAGGUACCCGCCCACAUCCCAGCUCCCAGGCGCGCAUGCGCCAUAGUAAGUGGACCUGUUAUUAUUUAUGUGGGGUCCAAGAUGGCAGCGGCACAUAGAGAGGCCAAAGCGGUGGGGCAGGAGGUGGCGGCGGUAGCAGCAGCAGCUAGGAAACAAUAAUAAGGGAGCCGUCACCAGCGGAAGGCAAGUUUGCACCUGGUACGGGGACUGUGAAUAAACCGGAGGAACUCGCAGGACGCGCGAAAGAAAUUGUUCUCGGCAGCUGUGAGAGACUGUGUGUGUGAGUGAGAGAGGAAGGAAUGGCGGAGCCGCGUAGGGUUCCGUUUGUAAGUCUGUCACCCAUGAAACCACGCGAGACCGGCCCAGUCCUGACUGUGGAACAGCAGCACCAGCGAACCCCACCUCCCCUGCAGCCGCCGGCACAAAGGCCACCGCAGCCCCGGGCCGCACAGCAAGCCAUGCUACAGCACAGGCCUUCCCAGCAAGCGCUGGCUCACCGGCUGCAACGGGAACCCACGGCUCCUGCCAUAGAGACUGGCAUCUGUCAUGUACUGGCCAAACCCGAGGGGGCUGACCGGCCCCGAGUGCCAGGGACUGUGAGGCUGGAGUUGGCACUAACUGAUCCCACAGAGGAGGGCUGUGCGGAAUUUAGUUACCCUGAGCUGCUGCAGAAAGAGCAGAGGGCAGGACGGAUCCCGGUUGCGGCCAAGGAAGUCGCUGGACAGUCAAAGCCUCCGCCAUCUCACGAUCCAUUUAAUGACGAAGAACGAGAGAGGCUAGAAGUAGAAAACUUGGCUAAGAAGUUUGAAGCCAAAUAUGGAGUGAAAAGUCAUCAUCAUCGUAAAGACCGUAUGCAAGAUCUGAUUGAUAUUGGUUAUGGCUAUGAUGAGACAGACCCCUUUAUUGACAACUCUGAGGCAUAUGAUGAAUUGGUGCCAGCUUCAUUGAAUACAAAAUAUGGAGGAUUUUACAUCAACACAGGAACACUGCAAUUUAGGCAGGCUUCAGAUUCAGAAAACGAAGAUUUUGUUGAGAAUAAGAAGCACAAAUCAUCAAAAGUAUCGAAAAUUAAAGAUGAGGAGCGAUCCUUGAAGAAACGAAAGAGGAAAGAGGAGAGCACGGAGAAAGAGAAGCCUAAGAAAAUAAAAGCUGCUAAACAGAUAGGUGUCAUGGCCUUCAAUUCCCACAAACCAGACAAGAAAAAGAAAAAACUUUAUAAAGACUCUAUGGCCCUUGCUGCCAUGCUGCGGAAAUUUCAAAAAGAGAAAGAUGCCAUACAUAAAAAAGUAAACAAACCGAAUCCACCAACUGUAACUGUGGUUAAUGCUGCCCCUAAACCAGUCUCUGCUGCUUCUAAUGAUUUGUCUGACCUUGGACUUGGCGCUGAUCCAGUUCUUGCAAUCUUUGGCAGCGAGAGGGAACUCAUGCAGGAAGCAGAAAGUGCUCUGGAGAUGCUAAGUGACUUUGAUUUUGAUAAGCUUUUGGAUUCUGCAUCUAAUGACAGCCCAGCAGGUUCUGACCUUGGAGAGAAUGGUAGCAUUGGGCAAUCUGUAAACCCUGCUGAGGUGCAGCUACCGAAACAAGUGCCACCUCUUCCUGAGGGACUUCCAGCUCCGUUGGAAAAACGUAUUGCUGAUUUACGAGUGGCUGCUAAAAUGUUUGAUGAAGAAGGUCGGAAGAAAUUUUUUACUCAAGAGAUUAACAACAUUUUGUUAGAUAUUGAACUGCAGUUACAAGAACUAAGUCCCGGUAACAGGAAUGGUGUUUAUGGCCAUAUAGAGGCAUUUGUGCCAUGCAGUAAAGACACACUUGUCAAGCGCUUGAAAAAACUUCAUCUUCACAUACAGGACGAUCUUUUAAAAGAACCUCUUCAAAGGCUGAAACUUGCUAUUAGCAAUGUUAUGCCUGCUCAGCUAAACCGAUAUCAAGAGGAGUGCCAAGCACAUACUCAGGCCAAAAAUGCAAAGCACCAAGCUGAGGAUGAUCGGGAUCGAAACCCAUCUGAAGAGGAUGAUGAGGAGAAGCCUGGUAAAAGAGUAAUGGGACCACGAAAAAAGUUUUGCUGGGAUGACACUUUAAGAGAUUUGCUCUGUAAUCUUGUAAAAAAUAAGCUUGGAUGUUAUGAACUUGUGCCCAAUAAAAGCCUAUCGGCAGAGGAUUAUCUAAAAGCCUUCAUGGAGACAGAAGUGAAACCAUUAUGGCCUAAAGGCUGGAUGCAGUCUAGGAUGCUGUUUAAAGAGAGCCGCAAAGUACACAGUCAUCUCACUUCUGCACCUGCCAAGAAAAAAGUUAUUCUGGCCCCUAAACCCAAAGUCAAGGAAUCCAGUCCAAAAAAGGAGCAAAAAACCUCCACACCUAUCUCUACAUUGGUGCGUGUACCUACUCCUCACACAGUAACUCCAGUUCUUGGACUUUCCAGCUCCAAUUGUACCCCAACUUCAGAGACCAUUUGUCUGGAUGACUCUUUGGAUGAAGACCUUUCUUUAAAGCCACCUUCAUUAGAUUCUAUCUCAGAUGCAUUGGCUGUUCUAAAUAAUGGAGCUAGUGCUCCUCCAAGUUCAUGCAUUGAAACACCAACCUCAAGGCCUAGAGUUGCCUUAAGAGAAGAGAAACUUGCUUCUAUCAUGAGCAAGUUGCCAUUAGGUGGUCCUAAAAAAGCUGAUCAACCUUCACAUGCAUCUAGUCUAAUUGCAGGCCAUUCGGCCCCUGUACCAAAGAAACCCCAGGAUCUAGCAGUAGCCCAUUCCACGGUGGUCUCGGGGCUUAUUGCAGGGUCUUCCAUUCAAAACCCCAAAGUAUCUUUGGAACCACUACCAGCAAAGUUGCUCCAACAAGGAAUGCAGAGGUCUGUGCAGGCUGAAGUUUCUUCAUCUACACCUGUGAAAGUAAAGGCUUCAUCUGCAAUUCAGGCCAAAGCAGUGUGCUCUUCUUCGUCCUCCACCCCUUCAACAUCUGUAAUAUCAUCUUCACAGGCUCAUGUUUCUUCCUCAUCAUCACAAGUCCAGAAAGUUCCCUCCAUGCAGGCAGUCAAAGUUAAUCAGCAAUCUCCAAUUCAACAAAACUAUGUUACACCCUUGCAAGCAACUAUCAGCAAAUCACACACUAACCCAGUUGUACGACUAACCAGCAGUCCUCAGAUAUCUUCCACUUCUCCUGUUAUAAAGACCCCUGAAAAAAACACUGGUUAUCGACCUCCCUCUUCCCCCUCUUCUAGCAACCAGCAUGCUCCAGGUCCUCGUACAACACUCUUGUCUACCUCGAGUAAUUUUUUGGCGAAAAAUGUGGUUGUCCAAGGAUCUGCAUCUGGAUUUAAAUCCCCUUAUACUAUAGCCCCUUCUUGUAAGCCCAUUGCUAGUUCUUCCAGUUCUGCUUCUCUGGUUUCACAGAGUAUUACACAUCACAAGGUGCCAGGUGGACUUAAUAUUGGUCGUUCUUCACCCACAGUAAAUCCGCUGCCUGCUGGUAGAGGUACAGUAACAACGCAACCAAUAAAGAGCCCCUCUCUUCCAUCUAAGGUUCCAAACUCUUCUCCAAAACCAAACCCCCCAUCUCCGAGACUAACAAGUCCUUCCUCAAAAAUGCCUGUCCAGCCCUUGAAAAUACCUAAUUCUUCACCAAAAAUGCUAAGCCCUUCACCCAAACCACCCAACCAGCCUCUAAAGCAUUCGGUUCCAUCUACAAAACCACUUAAUCCGCUGCCACCUGGAACUGUUAAAGCUACAGUGGCUAAUGCUGUCUUGAAUAUUCCAAACAGAACAAAUUCAAGCUCUAUAAACAGGACUAACCUUACUCCUGGUGCAGGUAACGGAACUCUGGGUGCUACCAAACAGUCAACGCCUCAUAGACAACCAUCUGCCUCAGGGUCUCCAGUUGCAGCUGCCACUGUGCAGUCUGCAGCAGCAGCCUCUAUUCUUGCAAAUGCUUCACCUCUGACCCUUAUGACUUCACCGCUCUCUGUAACAAAUCCAAGUGUGACGACUGCUUCACUUGGCCCCUUUGGAAUGCUUGGCGGCUUGGUUCCAGUCACCAUGCCAUUCCAGUUUCCGUUGGAGCUUCUCAGUUUUGGAAGUGAAACCUCUGGUGUGGUAACAUCUCCAGGUUCUACCUCGGCAGCUUUCCAUCACAACCUCACUCAAAAUUUACUGAAAGGCUUACAGACCACCUCUCCGCACACACCCACGAUAUCUCACUCCAGUUUGCCUCCUCACUUGCAACAACAGUUCACAGAUGGAAGCCAAAAUAAAGGAGACUCCAAAUUAUCACGUAAAAAUCGGUGACAACUAAGAAAAUGAAAGUACAGAUCACAGGUUUAUGUUUUUCUGAUUGGCCAGGAGCUGCCCUAUCAGAAAGUGCUUUUCCAGCAGCACAAGCUGCCGUGUGCUGUCUAUGUUUACAUUACUCUUAUCCCAAGCACUGUGGAGAGCAGAAGAAUUACUUGAUCAAAAAGAGGAAGACUAUGGAUAAAGACUGGGCUGUGCAUGACUGGCUAUAAGAUGGUGCUACCAACCCACAAAGGCUUUUUUAUGAGGCACAAAAAUGAUGGAAGCAUACUAGCCCCUCCCUAAUACACUGAGUCACUGGUCAAAAAGAUUGUCUUAUUUUUGUUGCUGAUCAUAAAUGAAAGACAGUGCGAUCAAUAUUCAGAAGUUUGCAUUCCAUUCUAUUUUAUGGAACGGAUUACAGCACAAGUUUAACAAUGUUCAAUUUACAAAAAAAAAACCUGAGAACAUGUUGUCCCCCAUCCCUCUUUUAAAAUAUCAGGUAUUGAUGAAAUGGAGGAAAAUGAGAAGUGGAGACUUAUUUUUUUCAAUAAUACAUGUGAUCGUUAGAGAAAAUAAUUAUAAAACUGUGCCCACCCUUAUCUGUAUUUAGUUCCUGCCAUACUAGAUAGCUAUAUACAAAUCAUCCAAAAAAAAAAAAACAUAACAUAUUUUUCAAAAGUAGCUUUUUUAAAAUAUUAGAAUAUUACUUUACAAAUCAUGUUUUAGUGUGGGCAUUUUAACUCCCUGUCUUGAACAGGUAAUUUAUUAACUCAUCCAUAGGUUAAAGCAAGUGCUGCAUUGGCAGUUAAAUUAUACGUUUGCAUUGAAAUGACCAAGUUGAAAUUUGCUUAGGUAGGUUUGCACUGAUGUAACACAAACUGCACUUGUUAGGAUUACUUACUGCGCUACAUGUUUUUUUGUCCAGUACCAUAACAGUGAAGGAUUGUUGUAACCCUACAAGAGAAAAUUUAGGAAGAGAGAGGACUGGAAAGAUGGAUACUUUGUACAAUUAAAAUAUUGGAUGGUCUUGAACAUAGGUUUAUUUCACUGUUACAUCACAGAACUGACCAUCUAAUAAUGAAGGUUUAAUUGGGUCAUUUUUACUGCCUAGAUUCUUGAAAAAAAACUUUAAAGUUUAAAGCAACGUUUCAAUGCAAGUUACAUUCUUUCAGUUAUUUUACAGUGUUCAGUUAAAGGGAGGAUGUAAAGGAAAAUGACGUCUGCAAAGUCAUGUAAACUUCUACUGGGCUUCAGACUGGUGCUUGGAAGGUUUUCAAGUUUUAAAAAGGAUGCUAUGGUGUUACUUCAGAUUCAUCUGUUGCACUUGGAUUUAGGCUGGAGUUAUCACUGGUAAUUAAAUAUCCCAACGGGACAUUGAAUAAUACUUGCAUAAGUCUACAUUUGAUGGAUUUCCAUGAAACUGACAUUCCAGACAAGAACAUGGAGCACAUAAGACAUCUGAGUUGGACAUCCUCCAGGAUCUAUGAAUUCAUUUAGGUUUAAAGGUUAACUUUCUCCGUUGCCUUGCUUAUAUGACUUAGAGACUUGGUUCAUCCUAAGUUUAGUUAUUCUAAAAGAACUUUUAUCUGGCCACCCCCUUUCCUUGAUUUUUGCUACCAAAAAGCAAUAAUUCUGUCUUUCCCCUCAGUAGCAGAUAAUAGUAUUUCUUUGUGUAGACUCAUUGUUGCUGAUCAUUCUCUGCUUGUAUCAAGACAGCAUUAUAUGGCGGGUUUGGUACUCCUGCAUCUCUUAUAGACAGUCAAGCUGAACACAGAUGCUAACCCACUAGUAAGAGCAACUGCUGUGAGACAGUUAUCCUGCUUGGAGGGCAAUAAAGGGAUGGACCAUUUAUAUAUAAAUAUAUAUUUAACCACCACAGUUAACACAAGAAGACCUGUAUUUCAGCUGGCUAUUGGAGAAAUGCAGUGUAUAGUUUUAAACUUUAAAAAGUCAUCCUUGUUGCUGCUAUAAGUGUGACCUUUGCCGAAUUAGAAAAAGCUUCACCGUAGUUUUACAUUUGUUUAAUUUCACUCACCCUGUUGAACUAAAUCCGAUAACUCAUUCUUAUUUGGAGUUAUAUCGGCAUCCUCUUGGAAGGGUCAUUUAGCCACAGCCAUUUUAUGUCCGUUUUUUUUUUUAGGGCUUUUUGCAGGUCUAAUUUCCAGUUGGAUUGUUAGAAACAGAUACGAGCGGUGAUUAGUUUUUUUGCUUUCACCAGACCUAGAGAUUAAUAGGAUGCUGCUUUAUGCAAGACCGGAAGUAACUGUAAGAAUAACAUAUAGCUGUUGGUGAAAGUUACAAUUAGAACCUCUGGUCUGUGUCAUUGACACAGCGGCCACUAUUCCAUUAGGCGAAUGUUGUACUGCUUUGUUUUAGUCUCCAUCCACCCUUUGAAAUUACAGAUCACUAUUUAAGUGCCUUUUAUUUCCUGUACUUUAGUUUCAAUCCUCAUGGUGCCAGGUAUUUUUUAACCCUGUCUUCUCAGAGAAAUUUGGCAUUGAUUUUUUUCAUUACCUGCCACCAACACUAGUGAAAGACCUUAUUGUGAAGAGGAUCCCAAAUAAAAUGAUCUGACAUUUUCUACAUACUUUUCAAGUGAUCCAGGUAGUCUCCAAAAAAAAUGUAGUGUCCUGUCUGUUCUGUUUAUGUAUAUGUGUCAGUAAGAGGUGCCUUUUCUGGCAGUAGGGAUACCCAAAACCCUGGCAAUCCCGAAAGUAGAAUCCCGUUGAUCGUGGAAACGCAAAGAUUUUUUUGUUUUCUUUUUGAAAGGGGGGUCAAGUGGGUGCAAUUUUGGGGGCAAGAGAAAUGUGCAGAAACUUAGUAUUUAAAUAUUAAAAAUUAUUAAAAUUA